UGGCACGCCAUCAGCCAUCCAAGCCCACAGCUGCUCCGGCGAAGCUGCAGUCCCAGAGUGCGAUUCUCCCCCGCUCCGGGCUUGUCUGAGCUACCCGAGAGAACUGCUACCGAAACGACAGGCAGCCACAAUGUCCCAAAGCUUUCUCGCCGCCAAUGCGUCCAACCGCAUCCGCUCCAAGGAUAUGUUCAUGCUGAUUGCCUUGUGGAUGGAGAAGCAUCCCAACCAGCAUGCUGUGUCCCUGAGCGACUCGGCCCUGCCCACUGGCGCCGUCUUGGUCGAUGCCCAGGACCACAUCGUUACCCUCGAGACAACCGGGGCCUCGCAUGCAAUCGUCAGGGCCAUCCUAUCGGCAUCCAUCGAUCCGCAGGGCUGCGACAUCUACGUCUCUCGGUUUCCGUGCUCCCUCUGCACCAAGCUUAUGGUCCAGGCAGGCAUCCGCAAGUGCUACUACUUUCCCAGCAAGCGUUGGGAACUCGGACGGAACGGCAACGAAGACCCUCACCUGUGGAGCGGCGACUUUGCACCCAACGUUGCCGAUCGGCCUGGCCAGGAACUCAGCCGAUAUGUGUCGAGCCCGCUGCUUAUUCCCCCUGUGAAUGACAUUGUGGUGCCGGCCCUGGACCUCCAAGACGCAACCGAGUCUCUGAGAUCAAGCCCCCAAUCGCUCGAGGUUAUUCAAAAGCCCGAACUACUUGAAGAAAAGAACCGCAAGAGCGUCCAGCGUCUCGUUAGCAACAAUCCGAUUGCCCUGUCGCUCUUCAUCCCGCAGUGGGAUCAUUCCCCGACGGAGCCGGAUGCACCAUCAGGGCUGCUCGAGAUGCCCGAGGACGACGACGACUGGGCUGUUCUAGAUGCCCGUGUCGGAGAGCAGCCAGGCAUUACCCAGCGAUGGACUAUGAUCCAGGCAAAGUUCAAACGCACGGUGUAUGCCUUGCGUCUGCUCUCCAAGCGAUACAUGGCCACGGUAAAGCAUUGGCAAGGUGCCCAGCUUGUCGAGACGACUAGUGCCGAACCGGUGAUGCAACAUGCCAUGGUGCUCGCACACAUUGCCGCUAAGCGCACCGACGACAACAAAGUCGGUGUCGGUGCCGUUCUGGUCGACAGCCGGGGGACCUACAUCUCCGUAGGCUGGAACGGCUAUCCCAAACGGUCGCAGCACUUGGACUACCCGCAGGCCGGAGCGGACGACUCGGUGGAAGAUGACGAGCUAAAAUACGACUACAUUUUGCAUGCAGAACAAAACGCUCUGCUCUGGCGGAGCUGCAGGGGCAAGGAUCUCUCCACCGUGACCUGUGUCUCCACCAAGAUGCCCUGCGACGAGUGCAGUCCCAUCAUCAGCGACUGCGGUGUGCGCCGGAUUGUGACCACUCCGCAGUUUGCGAAAUCCAAGGACGACCCAGCCCGCUUCCGUGGCCUCACGUACGGGCUGCUGCACCAGCUUGUCGACGACAUCUACGUCUUUGACGUCCUCUGAGCCGCGCGUGCGGCCCAGCCAUCGCCAACCAGCGAUGCAGUCAACCGGAGCAGCGCAAAUACAAUAUAGAGCUUGGUGCCGGUCGA